AUGGUGAAACCUGCCACAGCCGGUAAAGCUCCUGCCACAAAAACUCCUGCCGAAAAGAAAGAUCCUAAAAAGUCCACUACCACCGCAACUGGCGAAAAAACUAAGAAACGUAAAGUUCGAAAAGAAACUUAUUCAAGUUAUAUUUAUAAAGUUCUUAAACAAGUUCAUCCGGAUACUGGUAUUUCCAAUAAGGCGAUGUCAAUCCUUAAUUCAUUCGUUAAUGAUAUUUUCGAACGUAUCUCGGGUGAAGCUUCCAAACUUGCGGCUUAUAAUAAGAGAUCAACUAUUUCUUCAAGAGAAAUUCAAACCGCCGUACGUUUAAUUUUACCAGGUGAACUGGCGAAACAUGCUGUAUCUGAGGGUACUAAGGCUGAGAAAAGGAUUAAAGGAAGGAGGAAAUAA